UUCAACUCGGAAAUUGCUCAGGAACCAAAUAAUACCUGGCCAUGGUCAGUGGCUACUUCGGGUUUCAAUAGCGGGCUCAAUGUUAAGAUGAAUCGCAACGUGGGCGUGAAUCACCUGGAGAGAGUUGGUGUUAUAGUGCAGGAGCCAUCGCAAUAUCUGGGCACCAGUGUCACUUCCUCCUCGGAUGAUCGCAUUGUGAUUCCUUUGCACCCGAUGCGUUUCACGGCCGAAUCCGCUGUUAGAGCUCGUCCCGUGGAAAUGCGCUAUUGCUACUUUACAGAUGAACUGGAAAAGAAUGGUCAAAUGCGUUCUGAGUGCAUACAUCGCUGUCAUACUAAAUACAUGGAAAAGAAGUGCAAGUGCCACCUUGAUUUGAUCAUGCCGUAUCAAGAAAGUUCACUUCGCAAUUGCACCGUGAUGGAUUUGUCAUGUUUUGCCAAGUUCAAAGUAUCGUUUUUUUCUAUGAGCAACAUUAUCGAAGAGUCUCGAGAUUCUAUAUUCAAUACCACCAACUGCAAAUGUUAUCCCGACUGCAAUCACAUACAGUAUCAUGCAUCCACCUAUACGGAUCGUCUGGGUAGCGCCAAGAACGAUGGCCUUAUGGAGGUUGAUGUCUACUUUCAAGAGGAGACCCUUUUCUCUUAUUGCUCUACACUACAAAUAACUCUGCUCGAUUUGAUGGUUUCAUUUGGUGGCAUUGCAGGCUUGAUUUUAGGCUACUCUGUAAUGGGAUUCGUCACUGCCAUGUUGGAUCGCAUUGCCUGCUGUGCCAAACCCUCGUCCCGAUCACGUUAA